AUGAAGAGCCGAGUGAUAGUCGUUUUGGUGGACCCGAAGAUUUGUGGCGAGGAUUGGGAGGACAUCGCGCAUUCAACCGCAUACAUGGCUUGGGGUAUGAAGCACACACUGGCGGAAGACCAUAACCAACAGCUCUAUGGAGCCUUUUUGAUUCGUAAGAAUAUGGUCAAGUUGUGUGUAGAAACUCCAGUCAGCCCUGAAGCACAAGCCGCCGGACGUGGUGUCUUGGAUGCUCUGGCUGGUGCAAAUGGCCAACGCUGGUUCGCUAUGGGGGACUCUGACCUCUAUUUUCACCAGCAAGACUGGCUUCGCAGGCUGAUGCCAAGCGCGACUGAUGAGGAACGAGACGCCCAGCUUGUCUAUCUAGACCAACAACUCAGGGACCUUGAAGGUAGAUCCCUUGCCCGAACUCCAAGCUAUAUCUCACCUGAUGAGAGCGCCAAUGCCUACGCCUACGAGUUCAGGGCACGCAGGACCCGCGCCCGCAUCGCCGCCAGAAACUCCUGGUACAUGGACGCCGAUGUGCCCGGAAAGCGCGUCGGGCCGCUUAUCUUCCUUGAAGGCUUUUUGCUCUACCGCGAGGAAUGUUAUCGGUGA